UAUGUGUGACUGUUUUUACAAAAAUAGUAUUCUAUCAAUGUUACUUAUGGCCUGUUCUUUUAAAUUUACCUUAUAUAAUGAACGUUUCUCCAUUAAUAAAUAUUCUUUACAACAUAACCAUAAGUGGCUAUAAUGUAAUUAUACUAUUAUUUAUCUAAAUCAAUCCACUGUAUUUGAAGAUAAAGAUACUGAGUCUAUCUAUUUUCUAUUGUAAAUUUAUCUUUGUAAAUAUAUCUUUUGGUAUAGCCUCUGUUUCAGUAGGGUGGGUCAGAACAUGUGGGAAUAUAGGUCUUCAAGGCUUCAGAUGUACUGCCAGUUUGCUCUCCAGAAGAGUUAUACCAGUACACAGUCCUACUAGCAACCUGCCUCUCCAAGCUUCUCUAGUGGUGUGUAUUAUUAUUUUUUUGAUAAGGGAAAAAAAUCACAUUUUAACAAUUUGAAUUUCUCUGAUUGGCUAGUUGUAAUCUUUUAAAGUUAUGUUAAUGUCUUUUUAAAAAUUGGUGUGUUUCUUUUUCUUAUCAAUAUGUGAGAACAUACAUGAUUCAGUUGAAGUAGACUAAGGCUUGGUUUACAAUGACUUUAAUAGGACUACCAAUAAAAGCUGCCAUCAAAUGAUUACCCAGUUAGCCUGAAGCCAGGCUAAGCAUUUUUUCCCUAUGUUUUAUUAUUUUAUUAUAUGUAAUGUUUGUUUUAAUUCUGAAGUAGGUAUCUUCAUUUAGCAAUUGAGGAACUUGAGUUUCAGAAAGGAUGAGUGACUUGCCCAAGAUCACAGCUAGUAAUAGGCUAAGGUUUUAUUCCAUUUCUGUCUGACUUCAAAUCCUGUGUGGUUUUCCUUAUGUCCACACUUUUCUUGGUUCCUAGCUGUUGCCUACACUUAAUUAUGCCAGGUGAUUAUUUCUAACCAUCCUUUUUUUUUUUUGCCAGUAUUGUUCCAAUGUCCUUUACAUAUUUUUUGAGUAGAGAGAAAUAAUUAUGAACAGAAUCCCCUAAGAAAUAAAUUAUACUUAUCAUUUUGCAAUGUUGCUCAAGAAAAAGCAUCUCUGUACCUUAAGAGAAAAAAUUUCCGAGCCUCUAUUUUUAGAUGUAAUAUUAGAUUUGAUACAGACCAAAGUCUUUUAUCAUUUGUUACUUUAAUUUACUCAUUCCAGAGUGUAUUCUGUGAUUUUGUGCUUUUAGUUUCUUUUUUCUAUAUUGAGAACCAGGCACUUACCUCAAAUCCUUUCUUUUAAAGAUGAGGUGUAUAUAAAUAAAUGAAAAACAAGUUUAAAAAAUUAGUGUACUAAAUUCUUCUUAACAGAACUUUACAGAACAGUAUGGCAAAGCUUCUUUCAGAUCUUAGUAUGGACAAUGCUCGCUGCAAGCCUGGGAAUAAUCUUACCAAAUCACUUCUGAACAUUCAUGAAAAACAACUUCAUGACCCAAUCCCUGCUCACACUUCCAUAAUGAGCUACCUAAAUAAGUUAGAAACAGAUGACAUUUUUACACUUUCUGCAAUUAACAAUGAGGAAAACAUAGUGCCAGGUAGACCCUAUGAAAAUGCUCUGCCUUCCAAAGGCCCUCAACAUAGUAACAGUGGGAGCAUGGAGGAAACAGUAGCCCCUGGAAUCACUUCUUCCCUUUCAAAACAAGAUUCUGAUGAGAAUGAAAUGACAACAUUAAUAGAAGAUGAGUGUAAUUUGGAUACUACAAUUUACAUUCCGUUUGCUAGAAGCACUUCUAAAAAGAAAUCACCACCAUCCAAGAGAUUAUCUCCCCAGCCACAGGUUAGUGUAGCUCCACCACAGCUGGUCAGCAACAAUGGACUCAUCUCUGAAAAGGAAAAUAAAUUGUGUGCAUCCGGAGUUUGUUGCCCUUCCAGAAAGGAAGCAGAAGAUGCACCUGAGAAACAUUCCCGAACAGCCGACACAGAGGACAGGAAGCUCCUCAAGAAAAUAAAGGAAGCCAUCUGCAAGAUUCCCGCAGCCACUGAACAGCCACCGGAACUGGCUGCACCUCUCGGCCCCUCCCUUUGUCCGAGGAGCAGCAUUCAAGUGAACAGUAGUGUUGUCUCCGAUGGCAGCUUUUUACAUUCUGACUUGAUAUCCGACUGGAGCAUCUCUUCUUUUUCAACCUUCACUUCCCAUGAUGAACAAGACUUCCGUAAUGGCCUUGCAGCACUGGAUGCCAACAUCGCUAGACUCCAGAAGUCCUUAAGGAAUGGUCUUCUGGAGAAGUGAAUUCCAAAGGGGACUGAGAGCUUCUUUUUAAGAAAAGAACUUGGCUACAUUUGAAUGCAUAUUUUUAGUUUCUUUAGAGAAAUGUUUUAUACUAAUUAUGGGUCAAAAAAUUAUAUGAAUAAUACAUUUAUUAUUGAACUAUGUUGACAUAGAAGAGCUUAUAAAAACAAGGCAUCUUAUGAAAUUGGCAUUUGCUAAUAAAGUUGUAGAUAGCUAGGAAAGUCUUGUAAAUCAUUUUAUUUUAGUACUUAGCAAUUAGAGUUCUUAUCUUACUCUACUUAGGCUAAAGGUACAGGUCAGAAGGAUUCUGUCGUUGUCCUAAAGGAUAAUGGGAAGGAAAUUUCUGGAUACAAUUUAUUAUAUUCAGGCUAGAGUUUCUUUUCUCUUUCAAGAUUCCUGUUUGUUUCUUAAUGGCAUGUGUUUUUAUAUGGGAUGCUCCGUGGUGUUGGUAAACCUUUAAGCCAAUAUCUCCACCUUUUAAGAAAACAUUGAUUUGUCCAAGAAAGUAUAGAUAACACCUUAAAUCAGUACAUGGUUUCUUAAAAUGUGAGCAUUUUUAAUUAUUUAUAUCCCAAAUGCAUGUUUAAGAUCCUUAAAAAAUAAAGGCAGACUGAUAAAGAAAUGCUAACAGAUAGUUCUAGUUUUAGAAAUUUGUUUUUUUAAUAAAUAAGAAAUGUUUAUUUGGUUUUUUUCCUUAUUAUUUUUGAACAUGAUUGAGUUUGCAAAUCUUGAACUGGUUGUAAUUCUGCCUUUCAAGACUUCAGAAGUACAGUUCAGAAAUACAAAAUAAUAAAGCAAGGAAAAAGAUUGUGUCA